AUGAAGCUGCUUAUCGAGUUAUUGUGCCCUUUGGAAUAUUUUGUCUCAAUUGUUCAGAGUGGAAGAAAACGGAAAGCUUUUUGUCAUCUUCCCCAAGAAUUGGGUAAAUGUGAAGGCCAUCGUUUUAUGUAUGCUUUUUCUAAUAGGCAACAAAUGUGCGUUCCAUUCGCUUUCUCCAAUUGUGGCGGUAAUGAAAAUCGAUGCUUUUCCAAGGAAAACUGUGCGAAAGCUUGCGCACAAAUUCGGUCUCGAUUUGUUUCCUAUAUUUGA